GCAGGUACCGUGGCCACUGAGCAUCUAGAGCGAAGUUUGGACUAGACACUGCCUUCCUCCUGAAGUCCUCCUUUAGUCACCAGCAGCAACAUGUCUCAUCAAAGGUCAGUAACCAGCUACAGCACCAUCGGUGGUUCCAACCGGCUUUCCAGCAAGCUGCCACGGUACUCUAGUGUGUCUAUGCAGGGCUACAGUUCCCGGCCGCGGGCCAGCGGCUCCACCAUGAGCUACAGAGGCGGCAGCGGUCUGGGUCUGGGUCUGGGUCUGGGUCUGGGCUCCGGUGUUGGUCUUGGCUCAAGCCAUGCUUCCAGCUCCUUCUCCAUCAUGCCAGGCGGCUGUGUCAUCAACAACGAGAAGGGCACCAUGCAGGAACUCAACGACCGUCUCGCCAGGUAUCUGGAGAAGGUCCGCACACUCGAGCAGUCCAACAAGGAGCUGGAGAUACAGAUCCAGGCGCUCGGCUCCACCAACAACUACGAAGGCUUCGACUGGUCCACUUACAACUGCGCGGUCAGACCUCUGCAACAGCAGAUCAUCAAUGCCAUGCUGCAGAAUUCCCGUAUCGCACUGGAGACGGACAAUGCCAAACUGGCCGCAGAGGACUUCCAGUGCAAGUUGCGCACGGAACAGUGUCUCAGGAUGUCGGUGGAGGCCGACAUAGAUGGUCUCCACAAUCUGAAGGCCAACUACCUGCAUUUGCACGAGAACCUGAAUCAAGACAUUAUCGGGCUGGAGGAUGAGAUCGCCUUCCUGAAGAAGAACCACGAGGAGGAGCUCAGGCUGCUGCGGCAACAGAAGACACAGGACAUAGAAGUGCAGGUGGACUCCGAACCAACUGAGAACUUGGAUCAGAUCCUGGCUGAUCUCAGGGAGAAGUACUCCAAGCAAGCCUGUGACAACAAGGCAGCCAUGGAUGGAUGGUACCAGCAGCAGCUGCAGAUUAAAGAAACAACAGUCUUUCAGAACGACCAGGCUCUGGAUGGGGUCAAGAAUGAGAUGUGCCAAUAUCGACGCCAGUUGCAGGACCUUGACAUGGAGUACAGCAGUUUAAUUGGAUCCAUCAACGCUCUGCAGAACAGCCUGAACCAAAUCGAGGGAAAUUACGACAUGCAGCUUCGGAGUCUGCAGACCAGGAUCGCACAGCUGGAGGGAGAACUAGGGAGUAUCAGGAAUGAGUUGCUACACCAGAACGAGGGGUACGAGAGCCUCCUGAACAUCAAGAUGCAGCUGGAGGCUGAGAUCGCACAAUACAGAUUGUUGCUGAGCGGAGGGCACUGCAUCAAUACCUCUGGAAGCUCUUCAUCGCAAGUUUCACAAUCCUAUUCCAAGGUUCCAGCUUCUUCUGUGAUCACAACAAAGGUUAUCACAGAAAAGGUGAUGUCUCGGCACUAAGGAGAGAGACUGGCCCCGUGGUUCUAUCCGAGGCGGUGGACUGAGACCCCCUCACCUGCUCCCCACAUCUCCAUCUGUUUGCCGGGACCACCACUGGGGUGUCUGGCGUCUCGCGAGCUGCCCCCCUGUGAUCUCUGCCCUGUGCUGCUCCCUCUUGUCCCGGGAGGGGCAUGGGAAGGAAUUUCACCCAGCUGCACACGGACCAUUGCCCGAUUCAACACUUGGAUAGCCACGGAGACGGAGAGGU